AUGGAUGUGGGUCCACCUCCGCACCCCCUCGUCCCUGCAGUGGGAAACUCAAUCAAUCCCCAGACCCUCUCUCCGAAGUCAAACCCAGGUCUGGAGGUACCAGAGCCACCUCCUCGUCCCACCGUCUCACCCUCCGAGGCCACCUCCCCUGUUGCCAGCCCCACAAAACCCUCACCAGUCCCAACAACAACGCCACCCUCUGAAGCCUCAGCAGUGGACACACAUCCACAAACAAGCUCCCAAGGAACCGUACCAUCCAGUGUCUCCCCCUCUCCUUCCCCCAAUAUGUCUUCAACAUCUCCUGUGUCCGGCAUCACCACUGACGCCACAGUCUCAUCCUCCGCCAGCGCUGGCUCUGUACAGAACGGCAGUCAGCCGCCACGCUCGCGGAGGUUCGCCGCUGCCGCCAGGAAGGUGGUGAUGCAGGAGAGGAUGAAGAGGGCGGAGGAGGCUGCCAAGGCUGAGGAGGAAGAGGAAAGCUCUGAGGAGGACAUGCCUUUUGAGGAGCUGGAGAAUAAGGCGAAAAGUGGGGACCCUAAAGCCCAGAGCAGUCUGGGUAAAUAUUACCUGAAGCUGGCUGAAGAGAGAGAGGCUGAGACGAACAGCCGUCUGGCGGUAGACUGGCUGGUGAAAGCGGCGAAGCAAGGCCGCAGGGACGCCUCACGGCUGCUGCAGCGCUGCUGGAUCCAAAAGAAAGGCAUCACCCCUGAGAAUGAGCAGGAUGUCCGGAAGCUGUCCACAGAGAGCAGGUUUGAGCAGGCAGUGCGGCGGGCAGCUAUGAUGAUGUACUGGAAGCUGAAUCCGGAGAGGAAGGAAAAGGUGGCCAUGUCAGAGAUGCUGAGAAAUGUGGAUCAGGUCAAUGCCAUACCGGGUGGCUGUGCUGCUGGCACCCUGCCCAGUGUGCAGACCCAGAGAAAGGUCCUGGAGAACAUGGUGACCAGUGAAUCAGGUUCCCAGUAUGUUGACCUGGAUGAUUUUGUGGAAAUCACAAAGAAAUUUGCACAGGGGAUUGCUCCGUGCCCACAGAGCAGUAGUUUGGGGGAGGACAGUGAGCAGAGAAGUCCUGAUCAUGUGACCAGUGCGGAUCAUGGGGGGGAAAGCGAUCUGGUCCCUGUGAAAAAGCGUCAGGUGAUGAAAAGGAGUUGGGGCAUUGGAGGAGGUGGAAUGGUCCUGGCUACCAAACGCAGUGGAGCUAUGAAAAGAGCUAUGGACAUCAAGGCUUACUUCCUGGAUCUGCAGUACCCUGUGCAGGCUGUCUUUGAGAUUAAAGAACGCCUCAUUGACUGGGCUUCCCGUGCUGGCGUGCUGUGGCUCAGCACCAUAAUCCCAACACAUCACGUCAAUGCCCUCAUCUUCUUCUUCAUCAUCUCCAAUCUCACCAUCGACCUCUUUGCCUUUGUCAUCCCCCUGCUCAUCUUCUACCUCUCCUUCAUCUCCAUGAUCAUCUGUACGCUGCGGGUCUUUCACAGCAGUAAGGGCUGGGAGAACUUCCGGGCCCUGACGGCGCUCCUCACCCGUUUUGAGCCUGGCCUUGACGUGGAGCAAGCAGAGACCAAUUUUGGCUGGAAUAACCUGGAGCAGUAUUUCUACUUCAUGAUCUCUGUCGUCUUUGUCAUCUUUACCUUCCCAGUUGCAGACAAAGGAUGGAUCCCCUGCUCCGAGCUGUCCACGGUGGCCAUCUUUUUUACAGCACUCAGCUAUGUGAGUCUGAGUCCCUCCGCAGCGGCCUAUGCCCGCCGGGCUCUCAUCAUUGAAGUGGCCUCGUCCGUCUGCUCCUUGGCCAGCAAGCUGCCCGAGGAAAUGACGAUGAUCAGAAUGCUCGGCCAUACCUUCGGCACUGUCCCUCUCGGCGACUCUGUGGUUCUCAAGCUCAGCCUGCCUUGCCUCCUCUAUGUCUACUUAUUCUACUUGUUCUUCAGCAUGGCCCGUAUGCGAGGUUUCAGAGGCACCUACUGCUUCCUUGUGCCUUAUCUGGUUUGCUUCAUGUGGUGUGAGUUCUCUGUGGUGCUUCUACAGAAUUCUACUCCCAUUGGCCUCAUCCGCACCUGUGUGGCAUACUUCCUGUUUCUGUUUGCCCUCCCUGUCCUGGCUUUGGGCUUGGCUGCCAUGCUGCUGAUCCAAAUGGUCAAGUGGUUCCUGGAGCUGGAACUCACUAAGAUGUUGGUGACACUGGCCGUCUGUGCAGUCCCUGUCACUCUUCGUUUGUGGACACGCUUCAGUCUCUCCCUGCUCGAUGUCUUUCGUUCGAUUACACAGCGUGGCCCCGUCAAGCUCAUCCUUAUCUGCAUCUCUACAGUCGUUCUGUUCUGUGCUAUCUAUGUGUACAACGCUGAGGGUCUGAAGGUAUACAACUCCACGCUGACAUGGCAGCAGUACGGCCGGUUAUGCGGCCCGCCGGCGUGGCAGGGGCGUGGCAUGGCCCAGACGCAGCUGUUCUGUAGUCACCUUGACGGCCACCGGGUCACCUGGACUGGCCGGUUCCGUCACGUGCGAGUGGCUGAGACGGAAAACGGGGCUCAGUCUGUCAUCAGUCUUCUGCCUGUGUUCAUGGGGGACUGGUUACGAUGCCUCUACGGUGAAGCCUACCCCAAGUGUGAGCCACGGAACAUUACAACACCCAUCACUGCCUCCUCCCCAGUUGACAUAGCCACACUCCUUCGUCUCCAGGAAGAGGAAGAACUGUGUCAGAUCAAGGUGCUGGCUAAACACAACUGUCAUGUCAAGCGCUUUGAUAGCUACAGCUUCGAAGUGACGGUUGGAAUGCCAGCUGAGGGGUUUACUGCACGUGAUGAUCCAGCGAGUGACAUUGUCCUGAAAGCCAGUCACGAAUUCCGCCACGUCCUACUGAACCUGGAUCCGGGCAGUAUGGUGGAGUUCAGUACCAAACUGGAGGGAAAGCUGGGCUCUAAGCUUCCUGCCUUUGAGCUAAAGGCCAUACACUGCCUGGACUGCAGCUCCCCGCUGCUGAAGGGCCGGCAGGUAAAAAUUGAGCGGAACUGGAGACAGACCACCCUUCGUGCCAUCAAAUUUGCCUUUGAUUUCUUCUUCUCACCGUUCCUGUCUGCCAACAUCAAAGUGUAA